AGAGAUGAGUAACCAUGGUGAAACCGCAAGAGAAAGCGCCUCGAUCUUCUAUCGCGCGCACCACGCGCACGCGGUGUGUAGUCGAGUCGAGCACAAGCAGGACUUGUUAGGACGUCGAAUGGAUAGAGAGCUUUCAAUGAAGAAUCGCUAGCGUUGAGUACAUAUAUGGACUGCUUGACUUGAAGAGUAUAAAAACAGUGCAUCAAUCCCCACGAACUGACUCUGUUUGCUCCGAACGGGCCAGUCACCGUGGUCUUCAGGAUUCGUGAUCGAUUUUGUUUUUGGCGACUUGGACAAACACACGCAAAGCAACGGGAGGUGCAGACUACCAACGACGACUUGCUGAUAAUCCAAGAAAAGCAACCGAUGAAACAACAUUGGCACAAGUACAUGUCCAAUCCUGCAUUGAUUGAUCGGCUUUGAAACCAACAAACACUUGUCUAUUGUGGCAAACAAAAUGGGAGAUCGCGAGACCCAGAACCAGUCCACUUCGGCCAGCGAGAAGACACCAAUGGCGCGACUCUGCGGCUUGACUGACUACUUCACGGGGACCGUCGAGCCGUUGGACAGGUGGCUGGCCCGUAAACCCUGCCCGCUGAGGUUCGUCAACGCCUGCUGCCGGGCCUUUGGGCAGCCCAUCUUCUUGAACAAUCCCAUCAGUGGACUGAUCAUCAUGGCGGGGCUGUUCGUGCAGAGUCCCUGGCAGGCCUGCUGUGGGAUCUUGGGGUUGUUGGCAGCUCAGCUGACGGCGAUAGCCACGAGGCAGCCCAAGGGAGCCGUGGAUAGCGGUGGGAUAGCGUUCCAAGGCUUGCUGACGGGAUUGGUUAUACCGGCUCUCACCGGGGUGACUGAUUGGCAUGGACUGCUUAUCAUACCCGUCAUCUUCUUUGCGAUAUUCAGUGCAAUCCUGGCCGUCGCACUGGGCAAUCUACUCGGCCAGUGGGGCAUACCAGCCUUCAAUCUCCCCUUUAACGUGGCAACUUUCAUCUUCGUGGCUGCUUCGGGUCCGAGCAACCCGUACUACGGCCCCCCUCCCCCACCGACAGACCAGCUGAACGAGGCAGGUACGUCGGGGCUGGAGCAGGUAGCAGCUAAUGGAACGGACGAGCCCAUCAAUUGGGUCAUGAUUCUUCAGGCAAUCCCCGUAGGCAUUGGUCAGUGCUAUGGUUGUGAUAACUUAAUUACUGGCUGCUUGAUGGCGCUAGCAAUGCUUGUCUGUUCACCGACUAUUUUCCUGCAUGGACUGAUUGGAUCCAUUCUUGGCGCCCUAACGGGCUUAGCCAUGGCGGCGCCUCUGGCUGAUAUCUACGCGGGCCUGUGGGGCUACAACUCCGUACUCACCUGUGCAUCCGUCGGUGGGUUCUUCUUCGUUCUCACCUGGCCCUCGCACCUGAUUGCUCUGCUCUCGGCCAUAUUUGCAGCUGUUGUUAAAGGUGCCAUGGCAGCUGUUCUUAUGCCAGCGGGGCUACCAGAGAUCGCUUUCCCGUUCUGCAUCGCGGCGGGACUGUUCCUCCUGGUAACCAGCGAGAGUAAACUGCUCAUGCGCGUUCCCAUGGACAAGAUCACGUGGCCCGAGGAUCACAGGAGGAGGUUCAAGCCAGGGGGUGUGGCUAAUGCUCAGGAAGGGGAGGCGUUAGAAGUCACGUGAAUGGACGGUAGAUUAUUUGGAAUUUGAACUUUAAACAGGUGCAAAGUGUGGCAAUUAAACAAUGGCCCGCACUGAAGAAACUUGGGUUUUUUAAUACUGUUAUAUUAUAUAUAACAUAUAUUUCUGUGAGAGAGAAAAAACGACGUGUUUCACACAAAAUUGGAGCUAGUAGGGCGUAUCUGCCAAUCUUACAUCGUACAGGCACGGUUCUAGAACCAAUAUUUUUUUGGG